AUGGAAAAUGGAACCGCCAGUCCAUCUGGCGGCAGCGGCGACCGCCGUAAAACUGUUUCUGGUCCGUUCCCCCAGUUCAAUACCGAUGAAGCCAUUGAAGAUGGCCACAUCAAAUUCACCCAGGACGCCAUGAGGUUUGGUUGGAGCUCCCAGGAUCCACCGAACACGUCAGUUGCGCCUAACUCUGCGCGGAAGCCGAAUACGCAUCGACGAAGCGUGAGUGGAAGUAUCUUGGCGAGGCUCAACUUUCUCGGAGUUGGGGGCAAAGAUGGGCGGCCACCGUCGAGGAAUGGUGAGCAGGACAAGCCGCCGCAAAGUCCGAAGAGUGCGAAGAGUAUCAAGAGUAGGAAGAGCAUUGAUGAUGAAAAUGAGCCGGCCGUGUCGCCAGUCUCGCUUGAGAAGGGCGAGAGUGCAAUGGCAGCGGCGUUGAAGCCUGUAAAGACUAGGAAACGGAAAGGCUCGCUGAGGAAGACAGCGUUGUUGGGUGGACGGAGACUGGUGACGGAAGGGAGGGAAAGGAAGAAUAGUCUUCUUCAACGAAAUCCUUCUUCCAAGCAGCCGCCCAUGCCGCCCUUCCAAGAACCAGUGCCCGCGCCUGGUCCAGCCAAGAUCUUUGGAGGCGACUUCAAUCAGCCUGUGCACUCCGCCAACAAUGAGAGCACAAUUAGCUUGCGCAACAAGCUCAGCUACGAGCAAGUAGAUGCGGAUGACAGCAGUGAUAGCGGCUGGUCUGAGUCUGCUCCGGCUACUUCAGCACGGUUGUCGCUCCUUACGGAACAUCGAUCGCAAAGCGAGCGUAAAGCAUCGGCUGAGCUCGCGAGUCCUGAAAAUGUCACAAGCCCGACGAGUCAGGCAAGCUACACCAGCACGACAGAUGACGAUGAUCCUCUCACCUUCGAUCGACUAGCUAACAGCCUCAUCGCUCAGCGUAGGGAGAGCUUGCAAAAACCUCUGUCUUCCGCGGCCAUCAGCUACUUCGAUUCGAUUACCCCUGUCUCCCAGGAUUCGCUCACUCGCCAUCUGAGCGCCAAGCAACCGCGAUCUUCACCUCUAUCCCAGCAUAUGAAUACGUUGAGCAAUUUUGCGGAGCCAGAACCGCACGAUUACACGGAGACAGAAUACUGGGGCUGGGUGAUACUGUUCGUUACUUGGUUGACUUUUACGGUUGGAAUGGGCAGCUGCUUGGAGAUCUGGAGCUGGGCUUGGGAUGUUGGCGAGACACCAUAUGCGCCACCCGAACUGGAAGAUGAUCCGACACUGCCCAUCGUAGGCUACUACCCGGCUUUGAUCGUGCUCACUGGAGUCGUGGCUUGGGUUUGGAUUACUGUUGCUUGGAUUGGAAUGAAAUACUUCAGACAUGCACGAUCUGUUUGA